UCCAACUCGAAAUCCGAACCAGAGGAGUCUUCUUCCUUAGUUGAGCGAGAAGACAGGUCUCGCUCUGUAAAGGGGAGGAAGGGGCAGGAGAAGAAAAGAUGGCGGACAACUUCUUCGAGGAAGACCAGCUGGCGUCCAUGCCCAUCGAGGACAUAGUUAGAGCUUCUCUUCUCCUCGACAACGAGAUCAGGAUCCUCAAGGCAUACCCAUUUCUCCCUUUCUGUUUCUCGAUUUUUCUCUCUGGGUUGUGCCUAUCGCCUAGUUCUGUGGGAUUUAGGGGGGAAUUCGAAGGCACUUCGGAUGUUCUUCAUUCGAUUAUUGGUUUUCCUGACGUUGAGGACUUUAAUUGUUUCGCCCUGCUUUUGGUGGGUGACGUGAAGGAUGAGAUGCAGAGGACGAAUCUCGAAUUGGAGAAUCUGAAGGAUAAUAUCAAAGAGAACCAAGAGAAGAUCAAGCUGAACAAGCAAAUUCCCUACUUGGUUGGCAGCAUUGUGGAGCUCCUGAGAGGAGGACAUGAACACUUGAGCAAUCGAGUGAUCAUAAUUGAAAGUCCUUUUUGUUCCUAGAAGAAAUUGUUAACUGCAGGACAUUCACUGUACAACCACGCUCCUAGUUCUCGUGUUAAAUAAGCAAUUGUAAGGCGGAAGAAACUGAGUAUUGUGCAUGCCCGUGGCUGGCAAAUAUAUCUGGUUAUACGAAAUUAUUAAUAUUUUGUUAUUGGUU